AUGUUCAAAUCCGUGUUGCCUAGCACCACAAAGCGACCACCAGCGCAGCGUAAUUGGCCUGGGGAAUGGGCGACGCUGUCUGCCGUUCUAUCUGAUCAUUAUAACUUCACCCUAUGGCUCCUCGUUGGGGGCUCAAUACAAGCGAUACUUGGACUUGUCUUCCAGAGCGCUUACACCUGUCUUCCGGUGCUAUUCUUCCUCUUAUUCCAAUGCCUCAAGACAUUUGCAAUCAAUAUGGGAAUCUUGCGCAAUCCAUAUCUUGAAGGAGUCACUUUUGAUCGAACGGCGCCCCAAAUUCCUGACGAAGAUGGGAAUUUCCAUUCCGAUGCCGGUGCGGAAAAUAUAACCGUAUUUCUAUUGGGGUUCAAGAUUAACCAUCCUCUGGGAAUUCUUGCACCUCAUAUUCAGACGAUCAAUGAUGCAAAUAUUCGGAUGUGGAAAGAGCUUGAAGAAACAUCACCAGACUCAGGCUACUAUGGAGGCUCAGAAUGGACUUGUCGAGAUCCACGGGGCGCGGUUGAAGUUCUCACGAUCUCUUACUGGCGGUCGACGGAGGACGUUCACCGAUUUGCAUAUGGACCAGUCCAUCGAAAGAUUUGGGAUUACUGGAAUUCUCACCACAAGGAACUGAGUCACCUCGGAAUCAGUCACGAGAUGUACGAAGUUCCCAAACAUAAAUGGGAAGGAGUUUAUCUGAAUUUUCAACCUACCCUCCUCGGUGCGACUUCAUACCUCAAGAAGGGCGACAAGUUCAUUGGAGGUAAUGUUGACGAUAAGUGGAUAUCGUCGCUGCUGGAUGCCAGCAAGGGAAAGCUCCGAACAAGCGCAGGAAGACUAGGGCGAGACCCUACAGAGUUGUAUGAAACCUUCAACGACACGCCCAAGGUAUAUAAAGACGAGUAA